ACGUGUUCAGACCCGGAAGUCAAUCGAGCACGCGGCUACUGUGGUCCGAACGUCACGACUUCUCUAGACUGGACACAUACACCGUAUUGUGUAUCUUCAUAUUUAAUUUAUACUUAAGUGACUUUCAGUAGUAGGUCGACGUUACAUGACGUCAUGGCGCUGGUGGUCGACUGUGUACCUGGACAGUUUGAUGACGUCGAGGACGACAACAGGGUCAAGGGUCAAGGUCCUGGAGUGGCCUAGCCAGUCUCCAGAUCUCAACCCCAUAGAAAAUCUUCGGAGGGAGUUGAAAGUAUGUGUUGCCAGGCGACAGCCCCAAAACAUCACUGCUCUAGAGGAGAUCUGCAUGGAGGAAUGGGCCAAAAUACCAGCAACAGUGUGUGAAAACCUUGGGAAGACUUACACAAAACGUUUGACCUUUGUCAUUGCCAACAAAGGGUAUAUAAGAAAGUAUUGAGAUGAAUGUUUGUUAUUGACCAAAUACUUAUUUUUCACCAUCAUUUGCUAAUAGAUUCUUUAAAAAUCAGACAGUGUGAUUUUCUGGACUUCUCAUAAGGUGAGGAAUACCUAUGAUGGAAAUGACAGACCUCAUCUUGCACAAUUGGUGGCUGACUAGAUACUUUUUUGCCCCACUGUAAGUGAUAUUACUGCCACUCGGCAGCUGCUGAAAAUAACUAAGAACUUACUUGUAAUCUAAUUUUGUUACCUUUUGAAAUUAAGUCAUCAGUAACUCAAUUAAAUUACUUUUAACCAGUAAAGUAACAGUUACUUUUUCAAGGUAACUGUGGCAACACUAGCUCUCUAUUUCCAAGCAGCAAGAAAAUCGCGUUGUCGAAGUGGAAACGAAAAGCGUCGCGUUGUCGAAGUGGAACUGCUCUUAUGCCAUGUGGUCUGCUGCAGCCAAUCGCUAACGCGUAACGUCCCGCAUGACAUGAAGCAAGUCAGCCUACAACAGGUCACUAAUGAAGAUGAGGAAGAUGAGGAAGACUGCGAAGACGACGAUGACGACGAUGAGUGGUUGUGGUCUGCCUCAGGAGGCGACCUGACCAAACGCUACAACAGGAGUGCUAUCAGUCAGGCCAACAAACAGAAUUGGACCAAUCGCACGUUUGUGACCACGGACAGGUCGCUGAGGAGGUUUGAACACAAGCUCAACUUGGAUAAACUGAAUUUGGCCGAUUGCGUGAUCAACAAAGUGACAACGAUGCAGAAGCAGAAGGACGCCGACAAGUACCGAAUAAAGGACAAAUCGGAUCGGGCCACCGUGGAACAGGUUUUAGAUCCCCGAACCCGAAUGAUUCUCUUCAAGCUGUUGACUCGCGGAAUCAUCUCGGAAAUCAACGGCUGCAUCAGCACAGGGAAAGAGGCCAACGUUUACCACGCGAGUACGGCCAACGGAGAGAGCCGAGCCAUCAAAAUCUACAAGACUUCCAUCCUGCACUUCAAGGACCGAGACAAAUACGUCAGCGGCGAGUUCAGGUUCCGUCACGGGUACUGCAAAGGGAACCCCAGGAAGAUGGUGCGGACUUGGGCAGAGAAGGAGAUGAGGAACCUGAUCAGGUUGCAGACCGCCGGGAUCCCGAGUCCGGAACCGCUGCUGCUGCGGAGCCACGUUCUGCUCAUGGGCUUCAUUGGAAAAGACGACAUGCCCGCGCCGCUGCUGAAGAACGCGGUUCUGUCCGAGUCCAAGGCCCGCGAGCUCUACCUGCAGGUGGUCCACAACAUGAGGAAGAUGUUCCACCGAGCCAGACUGGUUCACGCCGACCUCAGCGAGUUCAACAUGCUAUAUCACUCUGGCGACGUCUACAUCAUCGACGUGUCGCAGUCUGUGGAACACGACCAUCCGCAUGCGCUCAACUUCCUCAGGAAAGACUGCAGCAACGUCAACGAGUUUUUCGUGAAGCGCGGCGUGGCGGUGAUGACUGUCCGGGAGCUUUUUGACUUCAUCACUGACCUGUCCAUCACCUGUUACAACAUGGAUCAGUACCUGGAGAAGAUGAUGGCCAUCGCGGCCGAGCGGACGUCGGCGCAGCGCUCGGAUCGAGACCGUGUGGAUGAGGAGGUGUUCAAGAAGGCGUACAUCCCACGAACGCUGACCGAGGUCAGCCGCUACGAACGAGACUUCGACGCGGUCAGGAAAAAGGAGGGGGAGGAGUCGGCCGCCGGCGGGCAUGACGACAAUGUGCUGUACCAGACGUUGACAGGCCUGAAGAAGGAUCUUUCCGGAGUUCAGAUGGUUCCGGCCCUGCUGGAGGACGACGGCAGUUUGUCCUCGCCGGAGGAAGAGGAGGAGGAGGAGGAGGAGGACGACGAGGCCGGUCAUACGCUGCCUGGCGACGACGACGCCGUGGACAAAAAGGAGAAGAAGAAGCUGGUGAAAGAAGCUCAGAGAGAAAAGAGGAAGACCAAAGUUCCAAAACACGUGAAGAAGAGGAAGGAGAAAGUGGCCAAGACCAAGAAGGGAAGAUGAAUGUCAUCAAGCUGCAGCCAAUCACAGCCUCCGUCCGUCUCUUAUGCCUUCAAAAGAUCCUCCAUUAAAUGCCUGUUUUCCCUUUC